AUGAAUCAUGGAGGUAACCACAACGGACCACCACCAGGAGGUAACCAUAACGGACCACCACCAGGAGGUAACCACGACAGGCCACCUCUCGGAAAUAAUGUUAACCCUCCUGUUAGCAUCCAUCAAUGGCUUGCACACUUCCAAAAACAAAAGCCAAAAUCAUUUAGUACUGCUACUACACCAGUUGAGGCGGAAAACUGGAUCGCUCAUAUCGAGAAAUUGUUUGAAGUGUUGGGUGUUGAUGAUGUGUUCAAAGUCAGGCUUGCUACUUAUAAAUUGGAGGACGAUGCUCAUAGGUGGUGGAAGAUUUUCAAAAGUUCUCAUGGAGGAGAUAAUUACACAGCUACACUGUCAUGGGAUGAGUUUCGCUCAUUGUUUUAUCAGCAGUAUUUCACUGAUGCUGAUCGUAGUGAAUAUCUGAGAGAGUAUUCAUCCAUCAUGCAGAGAAAUGAUGAGCCUAUCAUGGAAUUUAAGAACCGUUUUUGUCGCUUGGUUAGUUUUCUAGGCCCCGCCGCUGGCACGAUAGAGCAGCAGACAAACACUUUCAAGUGGGCUAUAUGUGACCGAGAUAGGAAGUUUAUCCUGAAUCUUCGUUUCAAUGACAUUAAUGAGAUUAUUGACGUGGUUAAGAACUUGGAUAACGAUAAGAAGCAUCGUCAGAAGGCGUUUGAUGAUAACCGCAAACGCCCAAGGGAAAAUAAUCAGGAUCACUCUUCUUUUCACGCUGGAAACGAUCAGUCCUUGGCACCCCGAGACCGUAAACAUCGUUCUGAUAAGAAUUUCAACAAUCAGUCAGGAAAUGGGGGAAUCGAAAUCAAAAUCAUAAGCCUGCACAGAACCAGACACAACAUAAUCAGGCCCCCACUAGAGCACAACCACUGA